CGGGAGUACCGCACCCUGGGCAACGGCACCCGGCGCUUCUCCAACGUAGGGCUGGUGCACACCUCGGAGCGCCGGCACACCGUCAUCGCCGCCCAGAGCCUGGAGGCCCUCACCGGCCUCCAGAAGACGGAGAUGGAGCGCAAGAGGGACGCCUUCAUGGACCACCUGAAGAGCAAGUACCCGCAGCACGCGCUGGCGCUGCGGGGGCAGCAGGAGAGGAUGCGGGACCAGACGAGGAGCUCCCGACACUCCCAGGGCUCCCAGCCUGGCUUGGCCGACCAAGCCAAGCUCUCCUUCGCCUCGGCCGAAUCCCUGGAAACGAUGUCAGAAGCGGAGCUGCCCCUGGGCUUCAACAGGAUGAACCGGUUCCGGCAGAGCUUGCCCCUGUCCCGGUCCACCAGCCAGACCAAGCUGCGAUCUCCAGGGGUCCUUUUCCUGCAGUUCGGGGACGAGACGAGGCGCGUGCACAUCACCCACGAGAUCAGCAGCAUGGACACCCUGCACGCCCUCAUCGUGCACAUGUUCCCCCAGAAGCUCACCAUGGGCAUGCUCAAGUCCCCCAACACCGCCAUCCUCAUCAAGGACGAGUCCCGGAACGUCUUCUACGAGCUGGAGGAUGUCCGCGACAUCCAGGACAGAAGCAUCAUUAAAAUCUACCGGAAAGAGCCACUCUACGCCUCGUUCCCAGCCUCCCACAUCACCAACGGAGACCUGAGGCUGCAGAACCAGGAGGCGGUGAAGACGCUGCUGCGGCGGACGGAGACGGAGAUCAGCGUGCGGGUGACGGACACCGUGCGCAAGCACGAGGACCCUCUGCAGCGCCAGCGCAGCCUCGUGGAGGAGGAGCGGCUCCGCUACCUCAACGAGGAGGAGCUCAUCACCCAGCAGCUCAAUGACCUGGAGAAGUCUGUGGAGAAGAUCCAGAAGGAUCUGGCCCACAAUCACCGGCUGAUCCCUGUGCAGGAGCUGGAGGAGAAGGCGGUGGUGCUCAAGCAGCUGGGGGAGACGCUCACAGACCUGAAGGCCCAGUUCCCCAGCCUGCAGAGCAAGAUGCGGGUGGUGCUGCGGGUGGAGGUGGAAGCUGUGAAGUUCCUCAAGGAGGAGCCGAACCGGCUCGAUGGGCUCCUCAAACGCUGCAAGACAGUGACAGACACCCUCGCCCAGAUCCGCAGGCAAGUGGACGAGGGCGUGUGGACCUCCCCCAGCAACCUCAGCCAGUCCCCCAAGAAGGUGGCCCCCGAGACAGACUUCAGCAAAGGGCUGGAUUUGGAGAUGCCCACCAGCCCCCCCGUGAGCCUGGGCAUGCCCAGCUUCGGGCACAGCCCCCCCCAGACCCAGAGCCACCCCUCCAAGACCCCAGUCGUGGUGUUUCAGAGAAGCUCUGCCUCCCCUUUCCUCCCCAAGCUCCACCACGAGCCGCUCGUGGCCGUCUGCCCUGGGCUGGCAGAGCUGUGGCCCAACGGAGCCUCCAUUGCAGCCCAAGGAUGGAAGGUAACGGGGCUGCACCUUCACCACCUGCUCUCCUGCCUCUCUUUAACUCACUUCUGCUUCUUCCUCUGGUUUAACAAACUAAUGGCUUCUCUCCACACCCCUCGCUCACCCUCGUUUGUGAUGGCUCAUCCCCUGCUGAAGCUCUGCCAGGAGCUGGGCUCUGCUCUUGGCACCAGUGCUGUGCCAGUUUACACCAGCGUGGAGAAAUCCAAGCUGGACGGUGGCAGUCGGGUUUCCAAAGGCGUUCGGGAGGAGCCGCUGGCCCUGGCAGUCCCGGGGAGCCGGGCUUUCUCCCUCCCACAGAUUGUGCUCACCGAGUGGGUGUCGGAGCCGCCGUCCCCCGAAGCCGAGCCGGAGGUGCCGGAGGGGCUCUGCCAAGGGCCGGUGUCCCCUCGCCGCCCCGCGACUCCGGGCAGCAAGGAGCUUUAUGAAGACACGUACCAGAGACUGGAUAGCCUGGAAGAGACGAUCCGAGAGCUGGAGAUGACCAUCAGUGAGAUCAGCAGCCACCCCUCGGUGGAGUCGGUGUUCCCUAAGAACCUGCUGGGACCGGCGGGACCCAAGGAGGCCGGCAAGGAGACCAGGAAGGGUCUGGGGGACCUCAGCCAGAGGAGCUGUGAUGAUGGGACUGUGCUGGACCUCAGCCAGGCCAGAGAUGAUGCUCCCAGGAGCCCAUCCCCAAGCAAGACCAAGCCACCGCUGCUCCCCAAGCCGCAGCUGCCCCCCGGCAUCCCGCAGGCCACUAGACCAUCUAAAGAGGCCAGUGAGACUUCCCCCACGGUCUCAGAAAAACCCGCAUCUGGCAGAACAUCCAUCCCCGUAUUGACUUCCUUUGGGGCAAGGAACUCCUCCAUCUCAUUCUGAGCAUCCUUGCCAGCUCCAACCCAACCGCUCCCGGGGGGCCGGGCCUCUCUCUUCCUUGGGCUCCUCUUCCUCCCUGGGACUUUGUCUUCUUGAGGCACCUGGAGGGAUCGCCACCUGUCCCUCUCUUUCUGUUUUAUCACUGUCUUGCUCCACUGUGGCCGACCUCGUGUCUCGCCUCCGCUCCGCCACGGCCCGACUUGUGUCUCGCCUC